AUGAAGCAGGGAUGCAUCCUGGCGCACUUUCAAUCGCGCGUAUCCACAACCACAGUUCACGAACUUCUCUUCACCGAUGACUGCGGCCUCAACACCACCUCGGAAGAGGACAUGCAAAGUAGCAUGGCCCUCUUCUCCGCCGCCUGCGAGAACUUCGGUCUGAUCAUCAACAUGGAGAAGACGGUGGUCAUGCAUCAACCGCCACCAAACGCAACCCUUCCCCACAAUGCGCCACAAAUUAGCAUGAACAGAACCCGACUGCAAGUGGUGGACAACUUCCCGUACCUGGGCAGUACCCCCCACCACAGCACGAAAAUCGAUGCAGAAAUUGCCCGCAGGAUCUCAAAGGCCAGUCAGGCCUUCGGCCGCCUUCAAAGCAAAGUUUGA